GGAAGCUCCUCCCUGUCGCUGUUGGCACCACAACGUGGUCACCGAGAGCAGCUGCUGGGCUCCGUUCACUUUCUGAAAGUUUCAGGGUCGGCAGCAAGAGUCAUGGCGGAGUCGAAGAGCGGGCCGGGCUCCCGCGCCCAGCAGUUAAUGUCUCUCGACCCCAAGAAGCAGAAGGAGUUUCAGCGGAAGCUGCAUGGGAUGAAGAAACAGAAGAAGGUUGAAAAGCUGACACCAGGUGUAAUUUACUUAGGCCAUAUUCCUAAGGGAUUCUUUGAACCCGCGAUCAAGAAAUACUUCUCCCAGUUUGGAACAGUUUUAAGAGUGCGGCUUUCACGCAGCAAAAAGACUGGAAACAGCAAAGGAUACGCUUUUGUGGAGUUUGAAUGUGAGGAAGUUGCCAAAAUCGUUGCAGAAACAAUGAACAACUAUUUAUUUAAUGAAAGGCUCUUAAAAUGUCAGAUUCUUCCACCAGAAAAAGUACAUCCACAACUUUUUAAAGGUAGCCAUACAACUUUUAAGAAGCCUACCUUCCCGUCUGUUACUCGCUACAACAAGAAAAGAACACCAAAGCAAGAAAGUGUGAUGUCAAAAAGACUCCUUGCAAAAGAAGGCCGGUUACGGAAAAGGCUUGCUGAGAAAGGGAUUGACUACGACUUUCCUGGUUUUGCUGCAGUGCUGCCUCAGACAAAAAAACAAACAUGUGCAGAAAUGAAUGACACAGUCAACAGCCAGGAUGUGACUCCUGUCUGCACACCAACUGUUCUAAAACGACGUCAGUCUUUAAAGACUAUUGAUGAUACAGAUGAUGAAGUCACAUUCAAGGUACAACCUGUUGAAAGGAUUGGCAAAAAGAAAAGCAAAUCAGCUGAAAAAGUGCAAAAGACGAACAAAUUAAAGAAAACUAAAAGAAAAAUUCGCGCCAAAUGAAGUGUGCAGGAUUUUUAAAUGACGAAUUGGAAAAGACACAUUGGUUAUCUUUGCAGGAACUUAAGAUCUGCCAAUGAAUGAUAUGUUUUGUUGUGAUAAGUGCCACUGAAAUGUUGAGUUUUUUUGAUUAAUUUGUUGAUGCAAGUUUUUACUUGGAGUAUGAACAAAUAUACUUAAGAUGCCCUGAUAACCGCUUGUAUUAAAAGUGGAAUGUUCUGCAAGUCAACAAGUCAAUCUUGUUUCCCCAAAAGUCUUUACAAAGCUUAAAUAUUUUGGUACAGUAAUUUCAAAAUGUCAAUUUAAAGAUUUUAAUUGAUUUAGUUUCCAGUUUUGAAUAAACAUCUUUGCCCAAAAUAGGUUUGAAAGUUAAGUUGUUUCAUUUUAAAUUACAGACUUGUAUGAUGAAUGUUGAAAGGUUAAGUUAGAGAUUAGUAAAAAGGCUUGAAAUACAGAGAGGUCAACCAGCAGAAGGAUGGAAAAAUAUUACAUAGCACCCUUAUCAGAAUACAAGAGUCUGCAAGUCACUGCUGUGCUUAAAACAAAUCAGGUUUAUCUGCUUUCUUUUCUCAGUCAAUAUAUCAAAAGGAAAAAUGGUUCCUACUGACAUUUUGGUAUUGCUAAGGUCACAAUAUAUCAUUGUAAUGUACAGCAGAUUUGGUUGUUGGACACCAACUUUGUAUCUUCAGAACUUCUGACUAUCUGGUUACGUCCCAAUGAUUCAUGCAGUAGUCAGACUUGCAGCAUUCUGAAUCUGCCACGUUUUCUUUGUAGUUGUUCAUACUUAGCAGCUGCAUUCAUCAUACCUUGAUAUGGAAGUGGCCUUAUUACUUUUAAUGUUUUUCAAAACUAAUUCUAGAUACUGCAGUGCAUGCAAGGACAGGUACUGAAGGAAGAAAAUUUAACUGGCCUGGAGCAACUUGUAUCUUUUGGUUGAGCUUCAUUCGGUCAAUAUAUAUAUAUUUGUACAAAAACAUUGCAUUCAGACAGAAUAAAUCAUGUCUGUCAGCUUUUAAGUUUGUCUGUUUGUUUAUGUCCGUCUUGUACUGUUAGUAUUUGUGAAAUGGACAAAUAAUUUUUUUACAUUAUAACAAUACAUCAUUCAUAUUUAACUAUCAAAUUAAGUUUGUUUACAUAGAGUUCAUUAUAUACAGGUGAGAUGGUGUGUAGUUCUUUUUAUUUUGAAUCAAAAUCUGCUGUCGUCUUUGUUAGAUAUUUGUAAGAUGAAGAAAAUAGUCCUACAGUUUUCCUGUGAUUAAUGCAACAUAAAUGUGCUUCAAGUUUUGACUAGUUUUGUGUGUGUGUAAAAAAAAAAAAGUUCAUAAAUCAAUCUCUUGUGGCUUUGUGUAUCAAAAAUAUUUCUAAGCUACAAUAUAUUGAGAGUACUGCUGAUUUAGUGUUCGAAUACUAAUUAGAUUUUUUAUUGCUUAGAAUUGUCUCACCUAUCUUCUUUACUUCCUGAUUCAAAUUUCCUGCCUAUAAAAUUAGAGUGCAAUUAGAAGUCAAACAAAAAUAUCUCCCUUUUAAAACAUUUAAUGUAGAGAAAUUAAGAGUAAUAAUUACAAUUGCAUUUUGUUGGAAGAAAUGUUGCUGGAACCAUAACUGGUGUUACUUGGAGAAACCUAAAGUACUGCAGAUGCUGGAAAUCAGAAAUUGUUGGUAAAACUCAGCAGGCCUGGUACCAUCUGUGCAGAGAAAGCAGAGUUCACGUUUUGGAUCCAUUGACCACAUUUAGGAGCACUCUGCAUCAGACUGGUCUGUGGAUUGCAAAGACUGAUAUUGUAAGAUUUGCAAAGAAGAUUUGAAAGGAUAAUAUGAGAAAUUGAGGGGUUGUAACUUUUCACAAAUGACUGAAAAGCUAGAAGCUUUUUUCUCUUCUGGAAAAUAGCAGUCCAGGAAGCAAAUUAAGAGGGGAAUCGGUUGGGCAGAUGUGGAGAUACUUUCCACUUGUGUGGGAGUAGGGGUCACCAAUGAAUGGCACGUAUUACUAAAGGCAAUGAAGGAAUCACCAGAAAGAUCUUUACACACAGUAGACAGAAAGUGGCGCUUGCUACUACAUGGGGCAGAGGAGGCAAAUUUCACAGUUCCAUAGCCAGUAUGGACAAAAUGGGGAGAAUGGCUACCUUCUGUACUGAAAUGACUAUACGUUUGUCAGAGAAGAAUCAUGUAGAACCCAAACAGCAGCACAGAACAUGGGUAAGAAUUGGCCUGUCUCCAUGCUGUAUGUCCCAUGUAGCAAAUCUGCAAGAUAGUGUGAGACACACAAAUUUAACUGUUUCUCUCAGCAGAUGCUGUCGAUAACUGCUGAGUUUCCUUUUUUUUGGUUUUGGUUUUAUUAUUGAUGAUUCAAUGCAUGGUUGAUAUCCAUUUUUUUCUGACCAAACAAAUAAGACUUUGUAAACCUUUCAUAAUACCUCUGACAACUUUAAUGACUAUUUGCUGCAUUUUUCCUUUUGAGGCCACUAAUAAAGUAGUAGAAAUUAAACAAAAGAAUAUGUGUACUGAAUGCAAAAGACUUUUAUGAUGUCUACAGAUAUUAGGUUUAUGUGUGGUUUUAAUUGUGUAUAUCUUGACAAGUUUUCUUGUAUAUUUAUGGAGACAAUGCAUUGCCUACUUGGGAAAGAGAAAAAGAUUAGGGUGGCUCUGAAAGUACCAAUUAUUAUUAUUUAAUGAGGUUAUCUUGAUUUUCAGAUUGAUUUCAAAUUGGAUCUCACAGUGUAGUCUGCCAGCUGGCUUCAACCUUCUGCAUUUUUCAAACUAAUCAGAAUAUACAACUGAUACUUUGAGCCUUUUAGCUUGGAGUGAUCACAUUUGAUUUAUCUGACAACCUUGCCUUAAUUUGGGGCUUUCAUAAUGGUUCUGACUUCAUGCUGUGAGAUUGCCCAGAAAUUCCUCAUUCUGGGCAGACAUGAGGUCAGACAUUCCAAACUGGUUGUUCCGGUUAGCUUAUUGCGUGCCUCUGUUGGAACAAGUUAUAAUUGUGCUUUACAGACAUUCAAAAAGCUAUGGUUAGGAUCAUGUCUCAUUUUAGAAAAGUCUUGGGUAUAGUACUAAAAACAUGGAUCUAAGAUGUCCCAGUUUAUGCUAAUUCAACAGAAGUUAGAAAACAGACAAAAAAAAGUACUAUAUCAAUAAGAGGGAACAUUUUGCUUAGUCUUGUUUAAUUGGUAUGUUUCAGCAAGCUACAAAUAUUGCUAUAAAGCAUGAUAACAACACCAAUUAAAUGUUGGAAGUAGUAGGAACUGCUGAUGCUGGAGAUUCUGAGAUAUCAAGGUUUACAGCUAGAUGAACACAGCAGGCCAAGCAGCAUCAGAGAAGCAGGAAGGCUGACAUUUCUGGUCUGGACCCUUCUUCAGAAAAUCCGAAGAAGGGUCCAGACCCGAAAUGUCAGCUUUCCUGCUCCUCUGCUGCCUGACCUAUGUUCAUCCAGUUCUACACCUUUAUUUUCUCACCAAUUAAAUGUUAUCUAUUUUAACACACUCCAAGACUUCACAGGAGCAAACAUCAAAUUAAAAUUGGCCCCUGGUAUGUUGGGAUACAGACAGCUAGAUUUUGGUUCGAAGUCUGUUGAGGGUGCACAGCAGGAAAUUGGCUUGAACAGUGGAAUAGUCAAGCUCAAGUUCCUUUUUUGGUUUAGCUUUCAUUUACUGUAUAUUGAAAAUCUUUAACUUCUUUUCAUAUUUCACAUGCUUCACUUCCCUUGCUUCAGAGACAAUAUCCCUAAAAACUUCAGAAUGCUAAAUUGAUCCAACUAUAAAUAACAAUGAAAAAUAAAAGGAAUGCAGAUAUUUGCACUAGGUGACACCAUUUUGGUAUUCCAGUGCAAUGAAUAAAGGAGCUAUCCAUGGUGCUUUGUAUAUUGCUAGAUUCUGUGAUGGUGUUCUUUGUUUAAUGCAUAAACUGGCACUCUUUCAACCACUACUCUGUCAGAGCAAACUGCUGGAUCUUGUGCUACCACGAAAAGAUGAAAUAGUAGAGGUCGAUUGUCUUUGUCAUUGUGAAAGCAAGCCACACAAGUGGCAAGAUUUCAUCUUAUAGCGGUUAUAUAGAUCAACAUGAUACUGAACAGAAGUGUUUCCCAGGCUUUCUGAAACUAAUUAAAAUUACAGUGAAGGAGGAGCCAGUUAGACUGUCUUUGGCAACUUCAAGAUCACAAGGAGUUCAGAUUACUAUCAGGCAAAUGGAACAAAACAAUCGUGGUUAAAUCUAAGACAGUUAAUCUGCAUACCUAUCCUGGAAUUGACUGUGGUUCACUCUCAUAGUCAUCAUUCAUGACCUGCGCUGGAGAAUGUGUUGUGUGUUCUUAUCAAGUGAGGAUGGAAUUUGGAAUGAUUGUAAAGCCACUAUGAUGGAAAAUAUCUAAAAAUUACUGUCUAGGUUCCUUCAUGAAAAAUCAGAUGAAGUACUGUACCCCAUAUUUCUGUAACACCUUCUGAAUGGGACAGCUCAGGAAACUGGCAUGAUGCGGUUCAACAUACUUUUAAUCAUGUAAGUUGUAACAUAGAAGAAUUCACAAGGCUUCCAUUUUAAUUUCUACUGUUUAUCCUAACAAAAUAAAACUGAAAGCAGCUAUGAAAUGAAUGAAUUUAAGAGUGGUUAAAGUAUUCAGGCGUCAGAGUGCCACUUUGCUAACUAAUCAGCUUUUUCUCGUGCAGUAUAAAUUGUUGCUGCCUUGUACAGGAAGUAAGCCUUCAUUGCUCUGUCUCUAUUUUCACCAAUAAACUGUUACUCAGGAUUACAGUUCUUUUACCAAAACCUUAAGGCAAUCAUAUACACAGUUUUAAAAUGUCACCAAUGAGCUUAAACGGAAUCUGUUGUUGUGGUCAGUGUUCAAACACAACAAUGUUAGACAUGGAUGGGGCCUACUUUAAGUUUGGAAGUGUGACAGCAUUUUCUAAAAGGCAAUUGGUUCACUUUGUUUUUAGCUACUGAACAGCUCUUUUGUAAGGAGCGUUUAGUCAUACACCUUUCAUAGCAAAAAAAAAUUCCUAGUAAAACACGAAUGUAGGAGUAGCGUUGUUAUUCACCUUCAAAUUACUUUUGACAAUUGUAUUUGCAAUUUGUUUUAACCAAACAACCCAGGAAUGGAUUAGACUUGCACAAAAUAUACUUUAUGAUACGUGUACAUUCUACCAAUACCAAACUCAAAUCCUUGUUGCCUAUAGUUUCAAUUGAAUCCUGGACCACAAGACCCAAAACUUUGUUACAACCCUGGAGUAGUGCACUGAAAAUCAUGUCCUGCUGUUCCAAGAGUCAUCGCAGAAGUUAAAGAUUUCAAAUGUAUACAAAAUUCCUCAAUUUUCCUUAAUUUCAGACCCAGAAUGAUAGAAAACAUGGACCAAGUUUCUGUACUGAACAAGGAUCACUAUUUAUUACAAAUAAUUAGAUUCUAAUUAUUAAACAGUCACCACUAAUUAAAACUUUAAUCCCCUAUAAACACCCACAUAAACAUAUAUAUACAGACACACACACACGCACAGUGUAAAAUAGGUUGUAGGUUGAGGGGAGAAACUGGAAAGACAGUUUUUGUUCCCAGGUACUAUUAUUGAACUGAUCCAUAUGACUUUUCACUGGGCAAAUUCCUCCUGUUGCUUCAAUCAUCUUUCUUUGAUUUCUUCCAGUGAAUGGUGAGAGACACAAAGUGGCGAGUACACUUGUUAAAAGUCUCUGACUUAUCAGUUCAAAACAACAGUUUACAAUAAUGUGUGCAGGAAAGAUGAACCGGCUGAAUUCAGGUUUACAGUGAGUUUUGACUGCAGAAAACAAACUGCUCAGUACUGAAACUUCUCUCACUCUCUACUUAAAUGUGUGCCCCGUAUCUCUUGAUUUAUUCUUCAAAAUAAUUUUCCAAUUUACUUUAGCCAGCUCUGCUUUCAUGCCUUACAAUCAGCCUUAUUUCAGUUUAAGAAAGUAGUCUCAGAACCACUCCUCUCACCUUCAAACUGAAUGUAAAAUUCAAUCAUAGUAUGGUCACUAUUACCUAAGGAUGUAUUUGCUAUGAGAUGCUUAAUUAUUCCUAUCUAGUAGCAAAAUAACAGUCCUAAUACAAUCUGCCCUCAGGUCUGCUGUUCUAAGAAUACUGGUCUACAUUUUUUUAUAAACUGUUCCAAACUUCUUGUUAAUUGUCAAAUUGCAGUAUCUAUACAUUGUGUAAUCACUUGCUGAUCACCAAUGCCUUUUACUGAAGGAGUGAAUGCUUCCUCGCAUACCACUUCGCAGAUUCUUACAUUCGUCUGCUAUCUCAUCUGAGCCAUUUUUCACAGUCUUGAGUCUACAGUAAGAAUGUUGGAGGCCUUCAUAGCACAGUCCAAUUUUCAAGCAAAGGUCAUGGAACAGCAAAUAGGAAGUGUCAUGAGCUGUAUUCUGUUCUUGAUUUCUCUGGUUUUUGAAGUCAGUCGUGUUACUCAAACUGUGUUUCAGCCCAAGCUUAUUGUUAUGAAUGGAGUUUUCUAAGAAGGUAAUGUUUUGUACCGUCCCUUUAACUCAAGGAAAAUGGAGAAAUAUUGUCUUGUAUGUUUAAGAGAUGUCUUUGGUUUGUUUCGAUAGAGUCAGACUCCAAUAUUUGUUUCUUUCUUUUCUUGAUUUGCUAGUGUACAAAACUGAAUUGCAUCUCUGAAUCUGUAAAUAUGCAGAUAUUUUUAUGAAUAAAAAAUAUUUUUGAAA